CCUUCUCCCCUCCCCCCGUCCCUCUCUCUCUCUCUCACAUCCCCUGCUCUUCUGUAAGCCUCUCCCCAUCCCCGAUUCUCCGGUGAGCACUCCGGUGGAGCAAUGACGGCGCAGGCGUGGCCGUGGCAGAUGCCGUACAGGAAGUCCGACGACGUGGAGGUGGGGACGGCUCCGCCACCGCUCUACCCGACGAUGAUGGAGAAUCCUAGCAUGCGUUGGUCCUUCAUUCGGAAGGUCUACUCCAUCGUCGCCUUCCAGCUUCUGGUAACCGUCGGCGUCGCGACCGCCGUUGUCGUCGUCCACCCGAUUUCCAGAUUCUUCGUCACGUCGCCCGGGGGGUUAGCCGUCUACAUCGUCCUCCUCAUCGUGCCCUUGCUCACAUUAUGCCCCCUGUAUUUCUACCAUCAACGUCACCCCGUCAAUUUUUUUCUUCUCGGAAUCUUUACGAUUUCGCUGAGCUUCUUGAUCGGCUUGAGCUGCGCAUUCACUCAUGGCAAGGUCGUCCUCGAAGCUGUCAUUCUGACGGCCGUAGUGGUCGUGACUUUGACCCUCUACACAUUCUGGGCAGCCAGACGAGGCUCUGACUUCAGUUUUCUGGCGCCUUUCCUGCUUGGCUCGCUGAUGGUGCUCAUCGUAUUUGGCCUCAUACAGGCCUUCUUCCCAUUGGGACGGAUCACCACCAUGGUCUAUGGCGGCCUUGCAGCGCUCAUCUUCUGCGGCUACAUCGUCUAUGACACCGAUAACCUGAUCAAGCGAUACAGCUACGACGAAUACAUCUGGGCUUCUGUCUCUCUCUAUCUCGACAUCAUCAACCUGUUUCUUUCGCUGUUGACAUUGCUUCGAGCAGCUGAGUCGUAAAACUUUUGCAUUGGUUUCUUAUUGCCUUCGAUGAACCAGCUGCUGUUUCUUCUUUUUUUUUUUUUCCCUUAUUUCAAAGGGAUAUCGGUCCUCCGUUCAUGUUGUGCAUGCGCAUUCAGUUUGUAAAGUAAGAGGAGUGUAAUCAAUAGAAAAUGUGCAUGUCUGCGUUAGUUUCAAGUGGUUCUUUGGUGGUUUUCUUUGUAAAAAUUCGCGGGUGUGUAAGGGAGGAAAUCUGAAAUCUGCUUUGCAACUUGCAAGGUGUUUGGUCGAUCGGCGCCUGGGCGGAGACCAGGGGUGAACUUGACUUUGACGGUCCGAAGUUCAGGAGGUCACCUGUUGCUGUGCCUUUGCUCACUUGAAAUGACGUACGUCUGGGUCCAUACUGAUGAGUCAAGAAGGCCGGUUAGUGAUCUUACGCGCGAACUGUCUGCAAAAAAAAGAUUGCCACUCAAAAAUUAAAAUGGUAGGCAAAAAUUGCAAGAGCCAUCUUGGACUGGAAACUCAUUUACAUCUCUAUUCUGCGUCGGCGGGGCUGAUUUAAUACGCAACCCUUGUAUUUUGUUCGCUUUUGCGCUUAGGAGAGAGGAAGAAAGGGAUAUACAAUGAAUGGACGAGAUUUUGGGGAGAGGAGAAGAGAGAUGGUAUCUGGUCGAGAAUUGUUCAUGGUCAAUGGUAUUUCAGAGUGAGAGGAAAAUAACGUUUUAAUUUGAUCGUUUCACCCAUCUUUGCGGACAUUUUCUUCUGUCAUAGUUGCU